AUGAACUGGUUCAUAAUCAUUUCUUUAUUCUUCAUUUGGAAUUUCCAAGAAUGUCACUGCUGUUUGAAAUCGAAAAGGAGUGCAGAUUAUUGCGAGUGCUCCGAUAUUACUGAUAUUCUUUACUCAUCAUUUGACUCAGAUAAAAAUGACAUACUAAUUAGUGAGAAAGUUGGUUGCGUUAGAAAUAUUACUUGCCGUGAUAGUUAUUUGACGUAUGUCACAACUACUUUUAGUACAUCGGAAAUAGUUCGCCCUGAUGAUAGUCAUAAAGAUAGUAAAGCAUAUGUGGACAGUGCUGAUCUUCAAACUGGGGUACUAACAGGAUCUGUUGAUGUAUUUUCUUUGUUUGGAAUGACAUGUGAGAACAAGAAAUGGUAUGUAACCAAAUACCCUUUCGGAGUACAUUAUAUUACGGAAGACUCCGAAACCAAAUUCAUUACUGGAGGUUUGGAUGGAAAAAGGUCGGAAAUCGAAAGUGUUAUGUGUCUUCCUAUUGAGCCCCCAUGCAGGUGCUCCGAUAUUACUGAUAUUCUUUACUCAUCAUUUGACUCAGAUAGAAAUGACAUACUAAUUAGUGAGAAAGUUGGUUGCGCUAGAAAUAUUACUUGCCGUGAUAGUUAUUUGACGUAUGUCACAACUUCUUUUAGUUCAUCGGAAAUCGUUCGCCCUGAUGAUAGUCAUAAAGAUAGUAAAGCAUAUGUGGACAGUGCUGAUCUUCAAACUGGGGUACUAACAGGAUCUGUUGAUGUAUUUUCUUUGUUUGGAAUGACAUGUGAGAACAAGAAAUGGUAUGUAACCAAAUACCCUUUCGGAGUACAUUAUAUUACGGAAGACUCCGAAACCAAAUUCAUUACUGGAGGUUUGGAUGGAAAAAGGUCGGAAAUCGAAAGUGUUAUGUGGUAA